AAAAAAAAAAGUUUUUCAGAAAUUCGAAUGUUUCAUUGACCAACAGUCAUUUUCAUCUUUCCGAAAAGUUUUUUUUUCGACACAUACACAAAGGACGCAUACGUUUUCCAAUAUCCGUUUUUUUUGUGGAAAGUUUUUCUCUUAAAAUCGAAAUUCCAAAUAUGUUAAUCUAGCAAAAGAAUGCAAAAUCGACAACAACGAAAAUUAUCAUCAUCUCAACAACAACAACAACAACAACAAAAUCGAAACAUGAUUCAACAACAACAACAACAAUCAACAUCACAAAAUGAUGCAAGAAUAACUCGAUCAAAAGAUCGAAAAAAUGUUAAAAAACAACAACAACAACAACAAUCAUCUAUAUUGCUAACAACGGAUAAAAAAUCCACAAAAAACUCAGGAAAACGACAAAAACAACAACAAUUGGAUUAUGGAAAAAUUCGUCGAACAGGUAAAUCAAAUAGCAAAAAUCAGAAUUCAGCAAAAGUCAAUCCAACAAUAACAACAACAAAUAUCCGAGCUACAAAUCGUCAUCGAAAAACUAAUCAUCAUCAUCGAGAUUGUUCCACAGAAACAAAGGAUUUGUCAUCAACGUCGUCGUCUUCAUCAACAUUGACAAAUGAAUCGCGCACAAAUUUAAACAAAAAUUCCGGAUUCAUUACCUGUUUAGUAUGUAAUCAGACUAAAUAUUAUUCUCAUGUACAAAGACGUUAUGGAAUAUUCAGCUGUGAACCAUGUUUUAAAUUUUUUUCUCGUUUUCUCAAAGAACCAAAACAUUUUCAAUGUAAUGAUAAUGGUGAAUGUUUAAUCGUAUUAACCAAUGAUGAUAAUAAUAACCAAGGUAAAAAUGCUCAACGUUUGUCCAAUGGUACUGGUGGUCGAUGUAAAGCAUGUUGGUUAAAAUUAUGUAUUGAAAAAUUUAAAAUUGAUUGCGAUACACGUCGUACAUUGAUGGAAAAAUAUUGCCAAAAAUCGGAAAUUAUUAUUACUGUCGAUAAUAACAAAUCGAAAACACCGGUUACAAACAAAAAACAUAAAAUUCUAUUGCAUCCAACUAAACGUCAAAAAGAAAUCCAUCAAAACAAAUUUAGCUGA